AUGGAGGAGAUGGGCAAUAACGACAAUUCUGGGCCCGAUUCUGAAAAUACCGCCAUCGCGAUGCUGCCGCCGGAUCGCCACAUUACUCUGCCUGCCCUCGACAUGGCCUCCGAACUCAACGUGGCUGUCUGGAGGGCGUACGAGAUAUCCAGUGGGUCUACGGACCGUUGUGCUGCUCCACAGUAUCCUCCGAACUUCACCUUACGAAUGCAUCCGCCCACCGAGCAAGAGGCCGAGCCGUUCCUUACGAAAGUGCUCUACGAUCUGGUCGGGGCAUGCGGGCGCUCUCCCCUCAAGUAUCUCGCCGUUCGCGCCAACCAUCGGUACGGCACAACGGCCGCCUGGACGACGGGUUUUCGGACUUUCCCCCUCUUGGAGGAACUCUGUAUCUCCGGGGAGACUGACUAUGGUUUCGUCUCUUCCGGGUCGAUGCAAACCGUUUUCGUCGGACUCCACGCCGCUUCCGUCGACUGGCCCGAAUCGCCGCUUGCGUGCCCGAACCUGGAGAUCAUAGACGUGAAAGGGAAGGGUACAGAAGCGGCGUACGUGGCCAUGUGCAAUUGCCUCCGAUACCGCGCAGAAAAAGGUGCAGUACUGGAGGAGCUCUGGUUGGAUUUUCCCGUGACAGACUCGUCCUCGGCCGUCGUCCGCGAAUACGUGGACAUUCUGAUGAUGCAUACCGAAAGCGUGCAGGCAGAGACCGGUGCGUAG